AAAAGAAUAUUCUCAUCUCUAGAAAACAGUGUUACGAUCAGCUGAUUGCGUGUAAGCACGUGCGAGCGUGAAACAAGCGAUAUCCGCGAAACGAGAGGACGUCGAGACGCGAGUAUGGGACGCAAAAUACCGGCGAAGAAACAUCGAGGUGUUAAGGACCCCGAGAAGCAGCGUGUCAAACGCUUGGCGGAGUUAGAAUCACGCACGAAUGCGCCGCCAAAAGACACGGACGAGCAGGCGAUUCCGAAGAGCCUGGAGCACGUGAUUAAACUAAAGGAAGCCGCAAAGACCAGCAGCGGCAUCCUGAAGAGAAAACGGAAGAGGAAACGGAACGCGCUCAUCUGCGUGGGUCAACAGCAUCUCAAACCAAAUCUGCACCCAAAAGCAAAGCCGGAAAAGGUCGUGCCGGUGUUUCAGCAACAACCAGGGGAAUCUGGUCAACAAUUCUUUCGCAGAGUGUCCAGAGAUACAAAUGCUUUUCUUCAAGACACUGCGUUCGAGAAUAAAUAUAAAAUUGAUAUUGAGCGUAAUCCUGAAACGGGCCGAAUUCAGAAUUUAACGAAAAGAAAACGCGAGAAAGAUGAUAUAGAUAUAGAAACAUUGCAAGCUAAGCAUAAGAACAUCAAAAAGAGGAAGAAAACGGUUGAAGAUUCCGCGCGUUUGACAAAGAGCGAGAAACGAAAGCUGAAAGAGCGUUUACGGAAGGAAAAAAAGCUGGAGGACGAUGACGAAUUUAAAAGAUUGCAAGAUAAGGUUGCCUUUGGUGAAGUAGUCCACGAACCUCCUAGACUAAAGAUCAAAUCACAGAACCUUAAUCAAGAGAGAAAACCGAAGAACCUACUGCUAAAUUCACUGCUAGAAGAUUCCAAAACUUCUUCUGCUCCUAAAGUGAUUGAUCGAUCUGGAAAGAGGAAAAAUUUACCUACAGCGGAGAGGAGAAGGUUGGAGAAACAACAGAGCGAGAUUAUUGCUGCCUACAGGCAGCUGAAGUCCCAGCGGUUGAUUAAUAGAAGCUCUUAGGGUAUGUUUAAAAUUUACCAAGACAAUAAACUGUGUUUCAAUGAAGUAUA